AUGAGUGCCGUCUUGAUGGCUUGUCUAGAGAGAGGAGAACCAGACACGGGCGUCGGCGGUAGCCUGCGCGGUGUGGUUCGGAAGGGACACCGACGUCGAGUUCAAAUGACAAGGAUCGAGGGCCGAAAAGAUGAUGCUGGUGCGGUGUCUGCGCAGCGAGUAAGGCAGAAUCAACGGCUGAAUCAGGGUGGCGUGGACGGUGACGAGGAAGAGGAGGUGGCCGACGAGAACUCAAAGAGCCGUGAAGGCACGGGUUGGAGGGUAAGAGGCAACUCCGCGGCUCAACAGGCUGAAGGUGAAAGAAUUCUUGGAAAGUUGAGAAGCCAGGGCAGAGUCGAUGUGACUGCUAAGCCGCAGGGAGCAGGGAGCAGGGAGCAGGGAGCAGGGAGCGUGAUGGAGCGGAGGGACACGAAGAACAGGCUUGUGGAACACUUAGCGUCGCGGCUGAGAUUCAUUUGCAAACGCAAAGUCCGCCAGAAGAAGCACGGACUGUCGGCGCAGUCGACGCAGAAUCGCACAGGACGCGGACGCAGAGUCGACGAGUACGACGAGGCGCAACCAUGUGCUUCUGUGUGGCUGCCUGUGUGCCUGGCUUCCUUUCGAUUCGAGCCUGUGAAUUCAGCAGCCCACUGCACCGAGGGACAUGCCACAUGGGUUACUGUGCGAGGCAGAAGGACGAAGCCAGGUCUGGUGCUCAGGGAAGAGGCAGACCGGGAGCACGGCAGAGAGCGUUUGCAGGCAUGA